AUGGAGCAGGAUGGAGGCAGGGGAGCCGCAGCGGGGCCGGCGGCGGCGUCCAGGCGCUUCGUGCGUUGCCUGUAUGCAGUGGGCUUCCUGGAUUUAUUUGGUGUGAGCAUGGUUGUUCCUUUAAUGAACCUUCAUAUCAAAUCUCUAGGAGCAAGUCAUACAGUUGCUGGAAUAAUAGGCUCUCUCUAUGGUAUAAUGCAACUCUUUUCCAGCACUUUUGUGGGUUGCUGGAGUGAUGUAGUAGGAAGACGAUAUUCCCUGCUUGCAUGUAUUCUUCUCAGCGCACUGGGUUACUUCCUUCUUGGAACGUCCACCACUGUGCUCCUGUUUGCCAUUUCUAGAGUUCCUGUAGGUAUUUUCAAACACACACUCUCCAUCUCUAAAGCCCUGCUUUCUGACUUGGUUUCUGAGAGAGAGCGUCCUUUAGUAAUGGGACGCUUCAACGCAGCCUCUAGUGUGGGCUUCAUUCUGGGGCCAGUUGUUGGUGGCUACCUUGCAGAGUUGGAAGAUGGCUUUUAUCAAACGUCGUUCAUCUGUGCCUCCAUCUUCAUUCUGAAUGCUGGUCUUGUCUGGAUGUUACCUUGGAGUGAAGAAAAGACUGGCAAUAGGGAACAUCAACAAGACAACAAAAGAACAGACAGUUUCUCAGCAAAAGCAAAUCAUGACCAGCACUUAAAUUUGGCAACUAGCCAAGCCGUGGCAAGUGAAAGUCUCUUCUCAUCUCCAUGGAUCCAAGUUGCAACAGUGCUGAAGAGGAUUAAAGGAAUUGCGUGCUCUGAUCUGUGGGAUAUAUUUUUAGUGCGGUUGCUGAUGUCUGUUGCUAUACUGCUGUACUAUAGUAAUUUUACUCUGGCCUUGGAAGAGAGAUUUGGGGUGAAACCCUUGUUCGCUGGAUACCUAAUGAGCUAUAGCAGUGCACUUGGAGUCCUGGCUGGUUGUCUGCUUGGACCAAUAACAAGACUGUAUCAGCACAACACUUACAGACUUUUGUUGCACUCUAGCACUCUUACCUGCACAUUGAUUCUCCUGUAUGCUUCAGCGCUGAGCAUAUGGAUGGUCAUUUUGUCUUCCACAUUCUUAGCCUUUUCAACUACUAUAAGUCGUACUUGUAUCAUUGAUCUUGAACUGACUAUUGGUGGGAAUGAGGCCAGUGGUACGCUCCUAGGUGUUGGGCAGUCUGUGACUUCAGUAGGACGUAUAGUUGCCCCACUCCUUUCUGGUAUUACUCAGGAGUUCAGUCCUUGUGGCCCUCCAAGUCUGGGAGUUGGACUAGCUUUAGUAGCUAUUCUGGUAAUGAAUGCCAACAAACAAAAAUACUGCAGUCGUGAAGAUGUUAAGUUCAAAAAUCAAUAG